CAAAUUAGACCCCUAAAAAAUCUUCAUCUUCAUAGACAACAGGAAGAAACCAAAUACUUUAACCUCAACAUCUCCGAGCAGCGGUCCAUUCUCAAACCCAAGAGCCUCUAACGUCUAACCAACACACACACAUUCCCUCAAAGGCUCUCGGCAUUACCAAUAAAUUAAAUUAAUAAGAAAAAAUAAUGGCCGCUGUUCGCUCUAACAACCACAACCGCCGCAGUCACGUUUUCUACGUGUUCUUGUUCAUUGCUGUCUCUCUCUACAGCCUCCCACUGUCUCUCUCAGGCGACGCGGAGUCCCUUCAAAAGCUUAAACAAUCCUUCACCAACGGUGAUCGAGUGCUGUACACGUGGGAACCCAACACGUCACCUUGCGAAAACUGGAUGGGCCUGAUGUGCGUCGACGGCAUGGUAAUGGGCAUUCGCCUCUCUGACAUGGGCUUGUCUGGUACCAUCAACAUAGACGCUCUUGCCGAGAUCCCCGGGCUCAGGACCCUAAGCUUCACCAACAACAGCUUCACGGGUCCAAUCCCUGACUUCAGCAGGCUCGGCGCCAUCAAAGUCCUCUUGCUCUCCUACAACCAAUUCUCCGGGCCCAUCCCUUCCGAUUUCUUCUCCAAAUUGACUUCCCUAAAGAAAGUUUGGAUCGACUCGAAUAACUUCUCUGGCCAGAUACCCGAAUCUUUGAUGGAGCUAGCGCUUCUCAAAGAGCUUCACAUCGAGAACAACCACUUCACCGGAAGGAUACCCACUGUGAAGGAAGAUUUGACCUCGUUCAACGCAUCCUACAACAACCUCGAAGGUCCUAUACCGGAAGCGCUGGCUAGGUUCGGUGAGAAUGCGUUUGCUGGUACCGGGAACGAGAAGCUUUGCGGGAAGCCGUUGAGGAGAAGCUGCGAUAGUAGUGGCUUGCCUUCCUCGUCAUCCUACACGUUACCACCGCUUGAUAAGAAUCAAGGGUCAGGGCCAGGGUGGGGCAUGAAGAUUAUCCUGUUUCUGUUCUUGGCUGCAGUGGCAGCGCUUGUGUUCGUGUUCGUAAAGGCGCGGCGGAGGAACGAUGAGUUCGGGUUGAUGGGGAGAAUAAACAGUGUGGAUUCGAUGGUGGACAUUCACGUGACGAGUACGAACGGCUACAGGGCGCCGGAGGGAGAGGGGUCGGGGGGAUUCGAGCAAAGGAGGGCCUCGGGGGAGGAAAUGGGAAUGGGGGACCUUGUAAUGGUGAACAACAAAAGAGAAGUGUUUGGGCUGCAGGAUUUGAUGAAGGCGUCGGCGGAGGUGCUGGGGAACGGGGGGCUGGGAUCGGCGUACAAGGCGGCGAUGACGAACGGGCUGUCGGUGGUGGUGAAGAGGAUGAGGGAUAUGAACAAAAUGGGAAGGGAUGUGUUUGACGCUGAGAUGAGGCAGUUUGGGAGGAUGAGGCAUAAGAAUAUAUUGGGGCCUUUGGCUUACCAUUACCGUCGGGAGGAGAAGCUCUUCGUUACUGAGUAUAUGCCCAAAGGCAGCUUGCUUUAUGUCUUGCAUGGUGACAGAGGAACAGCCCAUGCAGAGUUGAACUGGCCGACCAGGUUAAAGAUUGUGAAGGGAAUAGCAAGAGGGUUGUCAUACCUCUACACUCAAUUUUCCACCUAUGACCUUCCCCAUGGAAACCUCAAGUCCAGCAAUGUCCUCCUCAGUGAUGACUAUGAGCCUCUCUUAGGUGACUUCGGAUUCCACCCACUCAUCAACCCCACGGCCGCCGUUCAAGCCAUGUUCGCCUACAAAUCCCCUGACUAUAUUCAGUACCAAAAGGUCUCCCAGAAGACCGACGUCUACUGCCUCGGUGUCCUCAUCCUCGAGAUCAUUACCGGCAAGUUCCCUUCCCAGUAUCAUAGCAAUGGAAAGGGUGGCACUGAUGUUGUUCAACGGGUAUUCACGGCGAUUUCCGAGUCCAGGGAAGAAGAACUCAUCGAUCCAGAGUUGCAAGGGAACAUGGGAUCGCAAACUCAGAUGUUGCAGCUUAUCCACAUUGGUGCUGAUUGCACUGAGAGCAAUCCUGACAAAAGACUUGCCAUGAAGGAAGCCAUUAGAAGGAUAGAGGAGGUUCAAGUGUAAAUAAUAAAAAAUUAUUAAAAACAAGCUUCUUCUUGUUAUGUCCAUAAAGCUUAGCUUUUAGCUCUUGUUGCCUUUCGUAGGUAAGGGAAUUAUUACAGGCCUUUGUACUAAGAGGUGGUUUUGUCAUUUUGUGUAACAAGGUGAAAUUCAAAUGAUAAUUUUUUCACCCA